AUGGAUCUCAUCCAGUCAGGAGCAGAGAAGAAACUUCAGCAGCAAGAAUUAGAAGAGCUGAGAUUGGAUGCUUAUAAGAGUUCCAGGAUAUAUAAAGAGAAAACAAAAGCAUUACAUGACAAGCAGAUCCUGAGGAAAAAGUUUAUAGUGGGCCAGAAUGUUCUAAUAUUUAAUUCUCGUCUUAAGUUCAUGCCUGGUAAGCUUAGAUCAAGAUGGAAUGGCCCAUUUGUUAUUACUAAUGUCUUUCCUUAUGGUGCAGUUGAAUUAAAAGACAAACAGACUAGGAGCACAUUUACUGUUAAUGGGCAUCGUCUGAAGCCCUUCUAUGAAGAAACACCACAGCAGCCUGAGGAUACAGAGAUGGAAGCAGAGAUCAGGCUGCUCGAUGCUGUUUAUUCUCCUUAG